GAGGGCUGCUAUGUCUGCUGGUUUUUGAUGUGUUCGUGCACUUAAGUCAUCGAUUGGUUAAAGUUUCCAAGGCUUAAACUGGCUGCUGAUUGAAAGGAAAAUACGAAAGCCAGCAGAGACUGCAGCCACCCAAGACUGGAGUUUGAAACCCCUGUGCUAGACCAUAUUUGCCACUUUUAAGUAUGUGCAUAAUUAAUCAUAAAUUAUGUGUACGACGUGAUCCAUGACAGUGUCGAGAUUUAUAAGCCUUGAAAUUGUUGAGAAAAUGUGCGUAACUGUAAACAAGCUCUGGACCAUGUGUACAAACAAUUUCUUGUGGUCGUUCAGCUGUACUGCAUACAUGAGACAGGUUUUCCCCUUCCUGAUCUCUCAAUAGACUUGAUAUUUGAAGAGGAUGAAGUGUGUACAAACAGGACAGUAUUAAUGCAUCAGUGUGGUUGUAUAAAUACAACAGCAAUAUGUGAAUAAUAUACACAAAAUUACAACAAAAACGAUAGGCAAAUUGCUUUACAGCUGUGAAAUACUAACUCAUUAUAGACACAACUAUAAAAACCUAUGUACAAGAUGUGCAAUGCCACCAUAUAAGGAUAAUUGAGGGCAUUCACUUGGUGGAGUCAUAAAGCUCAUUCAUGAAGGCAUACUUUUCGGGAUAUUUGUGAGUUAUAAAUGAAUUGUGCGUAUGUGUGAUAGAAGAAGCUUUAUUCAUUCAAAUGCACAUUUUCUGAAUUAUACAUAUGCACAAUUUGGCCGUACCAUAAAAUUUAGGAUGAAAUCCAUGCAAAUGAUAUGCAUGACAACCCUGGUCUUUGAAUGGUGAGUGUCCAGUUAUCUCACCAAACCCCCAGUGUUAAAAUCUUGAGAUUUAUAUAUGUCCUUGUUACUUUCUGCCAUAAAUGCACUAAGAAACAACGUUAGCUUUUUUUUUUCCUUACCCCGUAAAUUACAUCAUGUGGAUCUCCAACUACGACGUAGGCCAGAAUGAAUAAUAAUAAAAAUAAGUGAUUUUCUCUUUUAAUUUCAAGCACAAAAUUAAAAUCAAAAUACUGCAUGAGUGUACAUAUUUUUAUUUUGCUGUCAAAAUGAAUGGAGCACAAUGGGGAAACUGCCUUUUUGAGCUAAAUUCAUAGAUAUAAGCAGGGGGCAACACUAUAUCCAGUGCUGAGGUUAAGAACCAAAAUUGGCUCCUUGGGUCUACCCACAAAACUGUGCCCCACCCAUGCUAAUUUUUUAUGAAAAAUAUGGUGAAGGAUCAUCAGACCAUAUCACAUUUCUCAUCUACUCAGUCCAUUAAGUAUGUUCUUUGCACCACUGUACUCAUAAAUGUGCAUUGCUAAGGGCAAAGAAUAGUUUAAUCAGGAACAUGUACACAAUUCAAUUGCAAGUUUUGCAGGUUUUUUUAUUUGGCAUCACACAUGACUUUUCAUGUUGAUAUUAAUCAUACAUUGAGGCCUCUAUAUGUUCAAGAGAGUUCACAUUGUCAUAGAGUUUCCAUUUAAUGUUUCAUAUUACUUAUGCAGACCUGUGAGGUAUUAUUUGUCAACAAAAGUAUUUUUCAAUCAUAAUAACUACUGUGCUAUCCAAUGUGUGUUGUCUGUUUGAUUCAUGCUUGCUUUAUGAAAAAUUCUGUUUGUAUUAUGUGAUUGCUUUAGCAGUAGCACCAAAGGUAUUAUCAUAAUGUUGAUUUGCAUCUCCUCUGCUUUAUUCUGUGUAUGUCAUAUUAAAAUAAUUUCAAAAAUUAAAUAAUGUCCCUGAGCAAUUAAGACGUAGCCUAUUUCUCAUUUGUGGAAAUUGUAAAUAAAUAAAAAAAUAAAUAAAUAAACAUAAAGUAAUCAAAGUGUAAAUGUAUCCUAAACUGCCAUUGAGAAGUAAUGUAAAUAUCAAUGUGAUCUCAGCGUAAACCCUGCAUAUGUCUAUCUUUUCGCAUGUAUUAGUACACCCAAGUUAAUGAAACAAUAGUGAAAGGGCAGGUCUGCCUGGAAGAAAGAAACUGGACAAAAAUACCUUAUUUGUUAUUUGCUUCAUGAACAGACGAAUUUCUAUAAAACAGCCAUGCGAUAGUCUAUACCUACUGGCGAUAAAUGAUGUACUAAAUUAUAAUAACAAACGACUGCCCAUAAUGGAUUUAAAUUCGCGCGCUACCAAACAAGUGGGGCUGUUUUUCGCUAUGUUCUAGAUAUUGCUGCUGCUAGAGGGAGACACCUUGCUCACAUAAAAGAAGAAAAAAAACGUCUUACUCGACGUGACUCGAUUGGCCAAGAGAAGAAAGAAAGAAAAAAUAAACAAACCAAAGGUUGAAAUUUACAAUAAGGACAGACGGAAACGUGAAGGACAUCAGCACAACAGGAAAUUAGGGAAUGGAUUUAUUUUCUUUGCUAACUCUGCUUUAUCUUGUGGAGGUGGUAUGUACAGGUACUCACUCCCUGUGGUACUUCAUCACGCUUACUAUGGGCCCGAGCCCCUUCCCGGAGAUGGCGAUUGUGGGCAUGGUGGAUGAUGUUCCAGUGGAGUACUAUGACAGCGUUGACAGGACGAUGACCUCUCGGUGGCACUGGCACAAGGAAGAGGGCAACGUGGCCUAUGCACAGAUGAAGCGCUUGGCCAUCGCACACGCUGCUCACAGCCUCAAAAAUAAACUUCAGCACAUGAUGGAGCAUUUUAAUCACAGCGUCACGCUCCACACAUACCAGAGAAUUGCCGGGUGUGAGCUGGAUGAUGACGGCACAGAGAGGUUCCAAGCGAAGGACUCCUACAAUGGGAUGGAUGUGCUCUUUUAUGAUGUUCAAUCUUACACAUGGAGUUCUCUUGUCCCAGAAAUGCGGAAGGACUAUUGGCUGAUAGAAUCAUACAAAGGGCUAUUUUAUCAGCUUUACCAACCCCUGUGUGUACAAAACUUGAAGAGCUACCUCCAUCAGGAAAGGAGCAUACUGAAAAGAAAAGUGCGCCCCAGGAUUAGAGUUUUGCAGAAACAAGUUGGCGGUGCUGGUUGGGUAGAAGUAACCUGUCUGGCAACAGGAUUCUACCCCCGACACAUCGAGGUGACAAUGAAGAGGGAUAACCAUCCUGUCCCGGAGCAGGAGCUGAUCAGAGGUGAUAUUCUCCCAAAUGGAGACGGGACGUACCAACUGAGGAUGAGCCUGAGCGUCAGUGCCGAAGAGCUGAGAGAGGGACACCGCUACACCUGCAGUGUUAGACAUGUCAGCAUGGACAACAAGCUGGACAUUGCCUGGGACUCACAGCCAAAGCCAGACAUUGCGCUGAUUUCAGCAGCAUCGGUCACAGCUCUGGCCACAGUUCUGCUCAUCCUCACUGGCAUCUUCGUCUUGAAGAAGAGAAAGAGCAAGGUGCCAGGAUGCAGCAGGUCUGGGAAGAUUGAGGAAGAGGUGGAAAGGAUGCAUGCUGCUGAAGGGGUGGUGAAGGAUGCAGAAGAACUUUUAGAGAUGGAAAGACAGGAAGACUGAAAGGAAGCUAGAAAAAUGGCCAGCAGAUGCUGAUACUCAAGCGAGGGGGUCUUCCAAGUCUUCCUGUUCAACCCCUGCAGUGCAGUCUUCUUUUAUUAGGGCCCAUUACCCAGGAUUACUUUCAUAGCUUAAAUUGCACAUUUUUUUAUCUUUAUAAGUGAAUACACACUAUCAAAACUCCUUUUCAUAUUUGAUCUCUGCCUCACCAAGAAACAAUUCUUUCAAGCAUACAUGCUUGAAGACACGUUUUGAGAACAGCGAUCUACAGUGCUGUGAAAAAGUAUUUUCCUGAGUUCCUUUAUUGUUCAUAUUUGUCACCCUGAAUGGUUUCAGAUAUUUAGACAACAUUUUAUAUUAUACAAAGGGAAACUGAGUGAACACAAAACACUAUUUGUUAAAUAUUUAAUGAAUGAAAAAAUGUAUCUAACAUCCAUAUCAUCCAUGUGUAGUAAUGAAGAAGUUGAGAAACAUAAACAUGACCCUCUCACCAAACUCAGGAAAUAGUGGGGUUUUUCUUAACUGAACUUGUUUUGAUUUUAAGAUUUUUUCUUUGGAAUAAUAUAUAUAAGAUAUAUCAAAAAAGGUUAGAAAUGUUUAGUGUGUGGUUCAUUAGUUAACAGUGCUUAAAUAUCAGCAGUGCUGUGAUAUUUUUUAAUUGUGGUUCACACGUUUGCUAGUGCAUUGCCAUAAUUUAAGUCAAUGAUUGCCUAAGGAGUGGCUCCUGAUUGAAAGGAAAUCACAAACACUAGAAGAGACUGUGGCCUCCCAGGACUGGAGCUUGAGACCCCAGUGCUAGAGUGUAUUUUCCACCUUUAAGUACUAUGCAAACUCCUGGUUUUUGGAUUGAACGGUGAGUGUUCAUUUCUAUCACCAAACCCCCAUGACAAUUACUGAGAUUUAGGCUCUCAGGCACCAGGGAGGGUUAUUGCUGUCCAUCUCAAAUUAGCAACAUGGAGUGUCUGGGUGCGGAAUGAGGGGAGGCCUGAUUGACAUGCCAUUUAGUUCAACUGACAUGAUGUUGAAGAAUUAGAAAAUAUUUUAAUCCCAGACUCAGGUCUUUGCCUUUGGUAGUCAUGCACCAAUGCAAAAAAAAAGGUCACAUAGUGCUGUUCUCUGAAAAGUAAUUAGUAUUUUCUUGGGCAAUCAUUUUAUAUCACUUACAUAAACAUUGCUUUGAGUAACUUAAGUAAUUAAUGUGGGGGAGAAAGGUCAGUCGGUAUUUGUGAAUGAGCCUAGUCAAACACGCCCAGCGCAUACCACUUCUGUUCAACAAAAUACUGUCACCGGGCUUUCUUUUUCAGGAGAACUGAAUAUCAAUAUUCAUGGAUCAAACCAUUUAGGCUUAAUUUGUUUUGUUCCAAUCCUUUGUGACAGAAAACAGAGGUGUUGUGCUUCAUUUAACAACUUCAAAAGCCUUGGCAAGACAUUUGCAAAUCUUGUCAUUAAUCAUCUUUUUGCAAUCCCGGUAAUUUUCAGUCUUCAUAGAUUUGCUUUCUGGUAACAUUUAUGAACAUUGGCUUUUAACUGUGGUGUACUUUAUUUAAAUACUCU